GAUAAUAGCGGAGCAGUGUCGGUUUGCGGUACAAGGCUGCGGGUUGGAGACUCCGGUGCAGAUCUUACAAAACCGUGACGAAUUCCUUACGAGUGGGUCGGACCUACCCAGGUAAAAGUCUUAUGAAAUCCGGCAGAUUAAAUUUGAGUAACCAAAUGUAAUAAUUAGAUCCGGCGCAUGAAGAGUUCGCGCCCUAGUCAGUCAAUAGUGAGGCACGUUUAUCCUGUUAUGACAAAUUGUCCUCGUUAUUGGUUAAAUAGAGAUAUAGGUAAAAUAGUGCUCAUCAAUAUCAAUGCGGUCGUAGUUUUUCCACAGAGAUAUCAUCUAAAUGCUUCUUUCAUCACAGUAGGAAAUUGAUCUUUUCUUAUCGCCGUCAAGAGUAUUUUUGAGGACCCGAUACUUCGUCUGGUUAACUAAUAGGUUACGGCGUUUAUUUUUGAGAUCCAAGAAUUUAUCAGGUGCAACAGUCUCGCCUUGCUUUCCGUUUUAGUUCCGGUAUUAAUACAAAGUGUGAAAAAUCAAUUUUCGUUUAAGGUGAAACUGAGAGUGAAGAGCACGAUUUGAGAUCCUAUUUUUUUAGAUAGCUUUUUUAGUAUAUCACCCUUCACCCCCACAAACUCGUGUUGUUGUCAUCGGCUCGUGUGUAAAAGUUGAUUUAUCAAUGUAUCCGACAAUAAAAAAUAAACAUAUUAUCGUGAAAUUGUUAUUUGGAGACGAAUUUGGGUUCGAGAAAUUAUAUCUGUUCGUUUGAUUGCGAAAAUGCUUGUAUAUAAUAACAACAUUUUAACUGUUCUAUUUUCCAUCAAUGGAAUGCCAGUAACUGUAUAUAUUAGUAGUAAUAGACUUGGCACACCUCACUUGCGGUAACCUGAGGGGUGAUAGGUCGCUGUUGUUAUUGUAAUUUAUAUUUUGUUACUGUGGUAACUGAGUAGAGUGGCCCUAGUAGAAGUUGCUGAUAAAGCAAACUCUUGUGAAUUGGUCUUCCGUGGUCGGUGUUUAACAGCUUGAUAUUGUAAUUUUUCAACAGGGUUAUUUCGAGAGAACAAUAGUCGUUCUAGAGUCUAUUCCCUUCAAUUAUAACUGUGAUUUCUUAAAAAAAAAGAUGAAAAUUGUUUCGCUACAUUUCAGAGUCUGAUACAUUGCUUAAACCUUACAGGCACACACGGUUAAAUUCUUUUAACCUUUCUAAAGCGCCGAAUAUUAAUUAGUACCCGAGACGCCAGAGGAGUAUAUGUUUUUAAAUCUGUUAUGGGAGCGUGGAACGAACGCAUUCUUCAAGUUAGCGGAAAAGAGAAUUGUCUUUGCUUUUUAAGGUUCCUUUCUAAAAUGCUUACUGAAGUUUAUCUUGUGAACUCGCGGAUAAGUACAUCAGUAUAUGCCACUAAGCUUUUUGUAUAGGUUAUAGACGGAGAUGAAGAAAAAACCUGUCUUUUUCUUCGCCAGGAUCGUUCAUUUCCUGAUAUGGCCGGAACCGGAUUGCCAAUCAGACCUCCCUCCGUUUGCGCACUGCUUCCACAAGAACUCUUAUACGAGACAGUUGAAGUUGACAAAAUUUACAUCCCAACGAACGCAUUGUUGAUCGCCGAAAACGAGUUGAUAUUUCUCGCGAUCGCGAGCAUUUUGAAAGAUCUGAAGGCCGUGUUGAUAGCAGGGGCUGGGUACGUUUACUUUGGAAGAAUCAAUUCCCGCCUUGUGUUUUUACUCAAAGCUCGAUGCGAGCCAUUUGCAGUUAUCCAGGCCAUCAAAUCACUGAAACCCAAAGCUGGAAUCUUUCUCGGGUUCGGGAAAUGUCCUCAUAGCAGGACGUACGAGAUCGGUGACGUGAUUGUGGCAGAAGCGAUAGCUCGUAAGAACCCCAAACUUGGAAAACUUGAAAGCCUAGCGUGCAGUGAAUGUUUGAUCAACGUGUUCGAAAAUGGCAAAUAUGGAUGGAAACCGCCCAAGUACCGCAAGCAAGCUGUCCAUGUUGGCAAAGUAUUUCAGAUGGGAGAUUUCACAAAGAAUGGGAGAGCUACUGCAGUAGCUGUGAGAACUUCAAGCUUAGGUGGGUAGUAGUGCUCAUAAACCUAGACUUCAAUGAGGCUGAAAGAUUUUGAUGAAAUUCCACGUCUCUGUCGUCUCUUUUUCUUGCAAAAAACAUUCUUUUUAUUGGUUUUUAAAAAGAAAUUGUGAACCAAAUCAAAAGGAAAUGUGAAGUUGACGUAAAAGUGCUGCAUCUUAUCAAGCUGACAUGUUCUUUUCGCAGAUAUACUUGAAUGCUGCAAAGUCCUGGGUAAAGAAUGGAUCUCAAUUGUAGGCGUGAUUGGCACUCAGCGUUACCAUGGAAACACUUCUUGGGAGCAAUACGUAGCAGUGGUCUUGAGCUCACUGGUGAAUAAGGUGCUACAGGAUGACCAAGUGUUUGCAAUCUUAGGAGGAGAAGGUGGGGAGCCCAGACGAAAUAGUCCCCUCCCUGGAAAUCCUCUGCAAGAAACAGUUUCUCUUAAAAGUAAGCUGGGAUUAUAAAUUGCAAGUGGGUGCCAGCUCAACCUCUUUCCCAGGACUUCGUCUAAGAGGGGAGUCUCUGGGGACAAUACCUUGGCAGAUCUAGGGGAAGGCCCCCCCAUCCACCCACCCUUAUUUUUAGACCAAACUGAGGCCCGAAGGGCCAAAAAUAUUUUUUUUGAGAGCGGGCAUCAACCUUAUCUCAGGGCCUGUGUUGUAAUUUUGAUUCCUAAACAUAGCUUUUGCAGUAAUGUAUGUGUUUGUAUGGUCAUGCAAAUAAAGCUCGUUGUUGACCGUCCCUACCCCUCUCCCCCUUAUCUGAAUGUCUGGAUCGGCCACUGCAAUGUGGGUAUUUGCAGCUGAUUUUCAAGCAAGGAUACGUGUAGAACUUGCUUUCCUAUCAGCUGUAAUUGGAUCGACAAUAGCGUCUCCCUGAAACUAUAAGGCCUUUCUCCUUUAAGGCUUUGAAAUUUUAGCAGAGUUCUAUGAUAAUAAAUGACAGAAGCUCAUUCCGUUUUUGAAUCAUAAUGACUUUUAAACAAGUGAUCCUGCUAAUUCGUCUUUUUUUUCGGAGAACUGAUUGAAAUCGAUUAGGUAUAAUUUCAUGACGUUCUAAUUCUACUCAGUCGAAUAGCUAACGGAGUGUUUGUUGAUCUAUUGAUUCACAAGAAAUAUUGCCAGCCACUUUAAAUACCUUUUUCUAUCUUUUUACAGGAUUACAGCUGACUGGUUCAGACAUUUCCCUCCAGGAGGAAUUAAUCAGGAGACAAGCUGAGAUGCACUGGGCACAAGUGAAAGAUGCAUAUGAUACAGGUUUCUUCCAUCUGCCAGGUCAACACAAAAAUAAGCAAGACACCUCACUGCAUGAGGAGUUCAAUAUAACACCAUGUCUUAAAUCUCCAGUGGAAAACAGUGAAGAGACGUCAGACAAGAAUGAUACGUCCCUGGCCAUAUGUAAGCGACAAGCAUCGAACAAAGUCCCGCUGUCAACUGGGAAACCUUCAUAUCUUGAAACAGGAAGUCAAGCACUCUUUAGGGAACCGAACCGCUUCACUCUACCACCCCUCCGCUCUUUGUCUGCUGGGAAUCGCAGGACACCUCUCCAGGAUAACCUGACGAGCCAUGCGCAAAUGUUUCCUACGCUGACUGCUAGUAUGGCUGUUACCAUGCAAGCUGCACUGCUUCCUCUAGGCGCCACCCUACAGACGCACGGUAGCUGCCUUGAAAUAAUUAGAAUCAAGACUGAGGAGAGGGCAACGGUGAGCAGACAAGGAGCAGUUCUCCCUCCCAUAACCGGCCGACAGAAGAAAAGAGCGUGAAGUUUACAAGUUCAUUGUUCCCGAGUUUUCUAAUGGUUUUAGCGAACUGACUAAAUUGUUAAGUGACUUUUAAAAGACCGUGAUGAGCCAUAACAGGCCAGCCACAAAACGUGUAGUAGAUAUAAUGUAUCACUCAGUUAAAAAUUAAUCCAGUCGUUUGAAUUCGUUAAUCGUUGCCAUACCCUUACAGGAGUUAUCCUGAUUUAUCGCUUAACUUAGUGAGUCAGUUAUGAUUAGUAUUUGUGCUGGGGGUGGCUUGUCUUGCCCCCCGGCCACCCCCCACUUUUCGAACGAAAUAACAAAAACUAAUCCCUAGAGAGUAUCUUUGCACCUGUAAACUAUCAGCGAUUUCAUAGGUAUUUCAUGCGUGGGAAUGACGUAUCGAGACGUAGAGCUAAGCCAGUUAAAGUUUUAUCACUACGUUAUGCAACCUUGAAAAAUUGCCUUCAACAAAAUUGUGACUUAAGUCGCCGCUUAAAUUAGUUUUAACAUAAGUCACACAAAAGGGCAAAAAAAAAACACUCCGUGUAACGGGCGUUAACCCAGUUUAAGCC